GAUUAUCAAAAACUAUUUUAUUAAUACUAGGUGUGAAACUUACAAACAAUAGAGAAUAUUUCAAUGCUUCAUUCUUGAACUUGACAAAAUCCUACACAUACUAUGAGCACCAUAUAUCGAUCUCCAGCAGAAGCAAUAUACUCAAAUAGACAAAGACAAUCAGUCAACCAUUAAAACAAUAGUAGAAACACUUUAAUCAUCACUCCUCUAUUUCAUCCUUAAAAUGGCUUGAUUUCUCUGUGCUUGAAUGUCCACUCAUUUGGAGCCCUGCAAUGUAAACUUAAUUGGUAUUGUACCCUCGAAGCAUAUGACAGCAUGACUUUGAAGUGUCCACUCCAUGCCUAUCCAAAUAAGAGAGUAUUAAAAUAAUGUUAUAAUUUAUCAUGCCCCGCAAGUGAGGGAGUCCAGGAAGGAUCCCAAGCUUGGACCGAUGAGAGAGAAACUAAUCCUUGCAAUGGCUUUUGUGAGUGUAUCAGCUAAUUGAUCAUGAGUGUAUCAACUUGUUCACGAACAAAAUGAAAAUCAAUGGCAAUAUGUUUCAUGCGUGAGUGGAAUAGGCACAUACAUAGGUGGCACUAACAUUGUCACAUAGAUGUGUUGGAAUGUCACGAAGAGAUAGAUGGAGCUCGCGGAGAAGAUUAACAAGCAAAAGUAGUUCGGAUGUAGUAGAGGCUAUGGCACGGUAUUCGGCUUCGGUGGAGGAGCGGGCAACCGUACUUUGCUUUUUAGAACUCCAACUAAUCGGGUUACGGCGCCAGCCCAAUCAGGAAGGCGUGAAGUUUAAGAGGGGGUAUGAGCGAGAGGAAAAUACCAUAAUGAGUGGUUCCACGCAAGUAUGGAAAUACCCCAGCUUGCCCAUGUUUGGAGGUAGGGCAGUGCAUAAAUUGGGCGAGUUUGUUGACUAUGAAACUGAUGAGCAUAACGUGGGGAAUCAUAGUUACAUGGAGAUGAGCUAGUGGG